AACGAACCCAUAUCAAUGGUUAUAUGACCUCUUUUCAAUUUUUCCAGAGAACCAACAAGGUCAAUAUCUAGAACCUAAUAAUAUGAUCACCUCGUCUCAGUUUUUAGAACGAAUCCAGCCCUCCUCAGAGAAUAAUCAAGAACAGUAUCCGGUAAACAAUCAUACAACUUCUUUUCAAUCUCCUGACAAAGAACUAUAUCAGAAACUGAUCAUAACCUCUUCAUCUUUUCAGUUUCCCUUAGAGAAUCAUCAAGAACAAAAUCAGGAAGUUGAUCGUAUUGCCAAACUUACUUUCCUUCUUAACGAAAAAGAGCUUUCCAAUGCUUUCCUUGUUUUCCUAUGGAAGUUACUUGGUGAUAAUCUCUUUCUUUACUAUAACAAGUUUCUAGAAUCGUUCCAGAAUUCUUCAUCAUUUCCGGAAAUGGACCAAAAAGGUGAAAGAAAAAAAAAUGCAUGUAAUAACUGUCGCAGUCGGAAAAAGAAAUGUGUUGGAGGUAAAAUCGGUGAGGAAUCAUGUAAGUAUUGUAGUAAAAAUAAUAAAAUAUGUUCUUAUGUCGAGAUGUCUUCGAUAAGUAAGUAUUUCUGA